AUUUCCCCCGCACAACUGCUAAAGCUCCAGAGACAGGAGCGUGUGCGGCCGCGGCGGGGGCAGCAGGAGCCGCCACCUCCCGGACUACCGCAGCUGGGGCAGCAGCCGCGCGGGCGGGGGCGAGGGGCGGGACUGGUUGGCGCAGGCGGCGGGGGUCUGGGAAAGACGAAGUUGUUGGCCGCUGUCGGGAGCGCACUCGCAGCUCCUCGAAGUGUUGCGGUCUCGCGGUUCCUUGCUCACGGCUCUCCUAGAAGGGGCGGCCGCCUCCAGGAUUGACCAGGGCCAAGUGGCGCUCGGAGGGCACUACAUGGCGGAAGGCGAAGGGUACUUUGCCAUGGCCGAGGACGAGCUGGCCGGCGGCCCCUACAUCCCCCUGGGCGGCGACUUUAACGGCGGGGAUUUCGGCGGCGACGGCAGCUUCGGCGGGCACUGCUUGGAGUAUUGCGAAAGCCCCACGGCUCACUGCAACGUGCUGAACUGGGAGCAAGUGCAGCGCUUGGACGGCAUCCUGAGCGAGACCAUCCCGAUCCACGGACGCGGCAACUUCCCCACGCUCGAGCUGCAGCCGAGCCUGAUCGUGAAGGUGGUGCGGCGGCGCCUGGCCGAGAAGCGCAUCGGCGUCCGCGACGUGCGCCUCAAUGGCUCGGCUGCCAGCCACGUCCUGCACCAGGACAGCGGCCUGGGCUACAAGGACCUAGACCUCAUCUUCUGCGCUGACCUGCGCGGGGAAGAGGAGUUUCAGACUGUGAAGGACGUCGUGCUGGACUGCCUGUUGGACUUCUUACCCGAAGGGGUGAACAAAGAGAAGAUCACACCACUCACGCUCAAGGAAGCUUAUGUGCAGAAAAUGGUUAAAGUGUGCAAUGACUCCGACCGAUGGAGUCUUAUAUCCCUGUCAAACAACAGUGGCAAAAAUGUGGAACUGAAAUUUGUGGAUUCCCUUCGGCGGCAGUUUGAAUUCAGUGUAGAUUCUUUUCAAAUCAAAUUAGACUCUCUUCUUCUUUUUUACGAAUGUUCCGAGAACCCAAUGACUGAAACAUUUCACCCCACAAUAAUUGGUGAGAGCGUCUAUGGCGAUUUCCAUGAAGCCUUUGAUCACCUUUGUAACAAGAUCAUUGCCACCAGGAACCCCGAGGAGAUCAGAGGGGGAGGCCUGCUUAAGUACUGCAACCUCUUAGUGAGGGGCUUUAGGCCCGCCUCUGAUGAGAUCAAGACCCUUCAGAGGUAUAUGUGUUCCAGGUUUUUUAUCGACUUCUCAGACAUUGGAGAGCAGCAGAGAAAACUGGAGUCCUAUUUACAGAACCACUUCGUGGGACUGGAAGACCGCAAGUAUGACUAUCUCAUGACCCUACAUGGCGUGGUGAACGAGAGUACAGUGUGCUUGAUGGGACAUGAAAGAAGACAGACUUUAAACCUUAUCACCAUGCUGGCUAUCCGGGUGCUAGCUGACCAAAAUGUCAUUCCUAACGUGGCUAAUGUCACUUGCUAUUACCAGCCGGCCCCCUAUGUAGCAGAUGCCAACUUUAGCAAUUACUACAUUGCACAGGUUCAGCCAGUAUUCACAUGCCAACAACAGACCUACUCCACUUGGCUACCCUGCAAUUAAGAAUCUAUUAAAAAUGUCUUGUGGGCAAGCCAUUUCAGACAAGAUAGGAAGAAAGAAAAAAAAAAAAAAAAGAGUGACCCAGCCCUAAUUAGGGAUGUGUUUUGUGCAAUGAUGAAGUGCUCCUGAUUUUGAGCUUGGCAAAGCUUAUGGAUCUUUUAAGAGGUAUGGGAGCGUGAUCUUAACUGAUCCCCCUGCCUAACCCUCCCCUUAUCCUGCUACCCAAUUGGAUUCUCUUCUGAAACAAGAGACCUGUCAUUAAAAGCAACCAGGUUCUCCUCAGAUAACAACGGAAAAAAUGCUCGAUGACAAUAUGGGUUUGCAAAAUCUGCUCCCAUAGCUUUGCCAUAGGAAACAAACAAACAAAAAAAGCGGGAAGUUUCUUUUAAGAUGGAAUUUACAAAAAGGAAUAUACAAGCUCAUCCCAAGUUGUUUAUGAGUUCAGGAGUUCAGUUAGCAACAAUACAGGAAGAAGGGGAACUCCAGCAUUGGGAUUGCUAUUUGAGGCUUGUAGCAGGUUUUUUCUGUGGCAUGAUCGUGUUGCACUAACAGAAACGACUUGCUCCAAACGAACAGUAGUAGGUUGGUGCGGUUCUCAUAACAAACAGCAGAACUUAUGAUGACACAAUCCAUUAAUUCCAGCUGUGUGCAUAGCUCGCAUUUUUAAAAUGUGAAAAUGCAAGCAAAAACAGCUGUAGCAAAGAAAGUAUGCUCAAGGACCAAAGACUUAAGAGAUAAAAAUACCCAAGUAGAAGAGAGAUAGUAGAAUAUUUAAAGAGUCACUAUAUUUGUUACACACCAAUAUACAUCAAAGUGCCUGUUGCCUUCUGAAAAUUUGAAGUGGAAAAUUAUUUUAUGGUCUAAUGAUUAUUUUAUUUUAUCAGGGACUCAAGAAAAAAAUAAAACAACAUAUAAGCUUGUGAAUAGUGGAGGAAAUGCCCUAUUUUUACUUGGCAAAUACUUGUAUAAAGUUAACAUUGUUGGUGUGAUUUUAUCAUAGGGGUGUGUGUAUGUGUGUGUGUGUGUGUGUAUUAUGUGUGUAUAUGUAUAUAUAUACACAAACAUAUGAUAUGUAUAUAUACACACAAUACAUUGACUAUGACCUAGAAUAAUGUAUCAAAAAGGAAGUGUUUAAAUACUGUGUGCUUUUGUGUUUUCAACAGGAUGAUAUGAGACGUGGGCAUAUUGCAAUGAUGAAUUAAAACCCACAUCCAAACUAAUUAAAGCAAAUGAAGGAGGGAAACAAGUAAUAUAUUUGAUAGGAAGAGCAGAGAUUAUACAUUUUUAAUGAGGUUUUUUUUUUUUUUUUUGAGCCGUAGAAUUAUACAAAUGGGAGAAUAUUGGUUUGGCAGAGCACCUUUUUUUUAAUAUUGAAUUGCCUUUUGACAGUUUAAAUGCUUUUUUUUUUUUUAAUAUUUGCAUGCCUCCAUGGUGUAUAAUAAACUAGUGGAUAAUGGAUCAAUGAUAGGCUACUUAAAUCCCUGACUGCUAAAAAGAAUUUCUGGUGAUCUGAACACUACUAAUUAAUAUUUAAAUUAAUUUUUUAAUGAAUGCAUUCUGCAUUUCUGGACCACUAGCAUUUAGUAAAUGUGAAAUGACCCUUUUAAAAGAGUAUUUGCACAAUUGCUUAAAAUUUAUAUAUGAGAUAUAUAUUAUAUAUAACAUUUUAUAAAUUCAUGACAAUAUGAAACAUCUUUGAUUUGGUUGUCACACUGCAUUUAAAUAUUUAGUACUGUACUUUAAAUAAAAUCACUUUGCAUUAAAUCAAAUCUAACUUUAUUUUCUCUUUUCUAAGAGACCGGUUAUACCUUGGUGAAAUGAACUGGCUUUACUAUUUCAAUUCCAUGACAGCUAAUCCUAAAACUACCCCUUCUCCCAGCCCUUAAUAUUGUAGACACUGGUCUCUGAAAAUGCAUUUGUUAAAAACAAAACUAACAUAAAAACCUUCUCUUUAUGUUGUGAAACAACCACCAAUCCCCACCAAUGCUAGUCAAUAACUGUUUACUAUGGUAAUUCCUCUGAAGACCCAACCAAAAGAUUGUUGUCAUCAGUUGAAGAGGGACUGGGGGAGAAAAUAGCACCCUCCUGUUGGCAGUGAAAUUUGUUAGUUUGUUUAUGUGGGCAUUUCUCAGAUGUUCAGUGCUAGGUUGAUCCAGGUUAAUCUGUCUGGACUACCUUUUGUGCAUCUUUCUUUGAAGCCUUAACAGGAAACUAAUGGGUUUGCUGGAGCAGCUUCCCUGUGAAUUCUGUCAAGAGCUGUGACGGCCCCUGCACUGCCACAGCUCCUGCAGUGCCACUCACUGUUUUCUAGGGAACUCUUUCUACUCCCACGUUGGCUCAUUCUCCCUCACUCCAGCCCUAGGUUUGAAAAAUUAAUUGCAAUUUUUUCAGAAAACAUUCAAUUUACAGAUUAAGCCUGGCACUCACCUGUCAGAAACCAGAGCUCCACCUGCUUAGCUGUUUGAACGUUUUCUAAAAGAAAACUGAGAGAACGCUUGGGAACACGGGAGCAGCUGGUGAUCUGCUAUCUUCUCAUCUGAACUCUUGACAAAUGAGUUGUCUCCUAUUUUCAAGAGUCUGGAGAUCUUUGGCUCUGCCAUAGCAACAACCUGCUGUUAAUUUAUGACACAGAUAUUUGUUUGGAGGAAUCUUAUUUGAAAAUACACCUUUCAUUUAUUUUCUCAAAUAUUUAUAUUCUUUUCUUGCUUAGUUCAGGGUUGAUAGCUUAGUGGGAAGUGCCAGCAUCUGGCAUUCAGAUAGAACAGGCUAUGCUCAAGACAACUUUCAGCAUUUACUUUAAGACAUAAUUUAUUUCUGUUUUGUAUGUACUAUAGUCUUGUGCGUACGUAGUUGAACACCCAAUGAAAUAGAUGUCUCUCUUUAUGGAUGUGUGGUCUACAAAUUUGAAUGUCUGGUGAGAGAGAGCCCUGCCUAUAGGUCAGAGAAAAGAACAGUUCUCAGCUCCCAAUUAGCGCCUGUGAUUUGUUUGCUUUUGUGUUUAUCUGGCCUAGUGUGCUAUUACUUUAAAACAGGAAGAAGGUCUGUCUUCUGGAGAUUCUUCUCACCUGUCCAGUCUGGCAUGUCAGAGAACACUUAUCCUGUGACAUUGCCCUUUUAAAAAGUUUACUUCGUUUGCAGUAAAUCCAGCUGCCUCAAGAACUCCUACACCAAGAUGAACUUUUCCUUUCCAGAAGUGGGAUCAAGUAUCUGCUCACUUUGGUACUAGGUAGACUAUUUUAACUUGGCUUCAAAAAAUGCAAGGAUGGAUGAAUAUCUGCAGUCUAAGCCAAGAAGGAAAUGAAAUGAAAAGUGAACAUACUGUUUUUACAACCCCUUUCUGUUUGCUUAUUGUUGGUUGCUUCACUGUGCAUAAAGUUGUUUUCAAUGCAGUGCUUGUUAAAUAAAUAUUGUGAACCAUUUUGUAAAUGAAAUAUAUUAUGUUGAAAGCUGUCAGCAGUUAAAAAAUAAGCUUUGUUGUUGUUGAAGAUGAAGUGUGUUAGAUGAAACCAAAAAGCCAAAAAAUAAAAAAAUAAAAAAGUAAUUUCAUAUAUAGCACCUAUUGGAAUAUAAUCUUUCUUUAAGAAUUCUUUUAGCAUAGUCUUUUCAAUGCUAAGAAAGAAUCUCUAUGUAAUAUUUUGUUAUAAUAAUGGCUUGCUAACAAAGGAAAUGGUUAAGUACAAAGUCAGAAGAUGUCAAAGUAGCGUGGCGAGGCUUGCUGCAAAGCCUUGCAGAGUGGAGGAGGCCCUGCCUGCUGGCCGUCUCUCCCUCCAACCUUUCUACAACCAUUGCCUGCUCUGAGGCAUCCUGCUGCAGCAAGCUGCACCUUGGGUCACUCUUUUGGAAUACUUCGACUAUAGACUGUGUCACAGGCAGAAAGGAGUUGAUGGAAAAUGGACUCUUAAAAACUGACGUAUUUGAAUCAGUGCUAGAGGGAACAGAUUGUGAAUUUUGUUUACAGCAUCCAAUAUUUGGAUUCUUUUUUGUGUGUGUGUAAAUAAAAAGAAGUUAUUUUUUUCUAUUGA